AAUUUAAAAAAUCCUCAUAGUGACGUUACAUUUUCAAUUGAUUCCUCUUUAAGAUGACCUUCUCUAUGUUAGUAACAGGUUUCAAGUGAUUUCACAACCACUUCUAGAGCCACUAAUUUGCAGCAAUUACCAACCUAUUUCAAGAAUGUGUUUCCGAUCUAAGGUUUUUAAUAUUUUAUAUUAUCUGAAAUAACUUUCACUGAUGUUACACGCUCCUUGUGAAUUCACUUGAGUUAUCCUGCAGAAAUAGAUUUUACACAGGGCAUACAGUUGUCAUUAUUGCAAGAUGAAAGCCACAUGCUUAGUGCUCGAGGCAGCACUUUUGUUUUGUUUUGUUAUAGCUGACCGACCAUUCCGUAUAUUCAUGAAUACAGUGAGUGUGUAGUUUUUCCUUUAUAUGUUUUUAUGCCAUUUCAUCCUCAUGAAAAAAAAAUUACAAACAUUUACAUUAUAUUAUCAUCCUCUCUAGAGAAAGGAUUGAAAGUUUUUAAGCAAAACCCUGAGCUUUGAUCUAAUCAUAAAUGACCACUGGAUGAAGGCCUUUGUGACCUGAUCUUGCUAAGACCCAUGUGUAUUUUGGCAGGUGGUGGUGGGAUAACAACCUGACGUGUCUCUGAUAAGAAAUGUCUCUCUGCAUGUGCCACGUUGUACAACAGAAAGCACAGUUGUCGAGUCAAACCCACAAUUGUUUCCCUUUUGAAAAGAGACAGCAGCAGCAGACAUCUGAUCUGAGACAUGUCUGGACUGAAUGCAUCUCUUGGAUACUUCGUGGCUGUCGUGAUUUUUGCAGCCUCAGUUCGAACACUUCUAAGAAAAUGGCAUCAGUUAGGCUUCAUUCUGGAGUUUGCCUCCUCUUUCAUGCUGGUGGCAUGUUGGCUGGAGGUGCAGACCAUCAUAGAGGUGGGUGAGUGGGCUGGGGGCUUGGGUCCCGAUGUGACGGUGACCAUGCUGUUUGUGGUGCUGCUGACCCACGGUGUGAUCUGUGGCGGCACGUCAGGGAAUCCCUCUCUGGUUGUGCUGAAGUUCCUGAAGCUGGAGGCCACCACUCUUCCCACUCUGCUUGCCGUCGUGUCCCAGUUCCUCGGGGCCCAUCUAGGCCUUCUUGUUGCUGCAUUCUACUGGGGCCUGGAGCUGACAGACAUGCACAUGAUCAAAAACCUGAUGGCUGCCGAGUGCAGCACAUCACUGCUGGUCUCUCUGCUCCAGGGGUUUUUCACUGAGUUUGUUUGCGCACUCAUCUUUCACCUGGUCCAUCUUAGCCUGCGACGCAGAUCUGCUCUGAUCCGGGUUCCUCUGAUCGCUGUCCUGCUUACAUUCCUGUCCCACACGGCCAGGGGCUUCACCUCAUCUUUCAUAAAUCCAUCUUUGGCUUACGGCCUCACCUUCUACUGCCCUGGAUUUACCUUCACAGAGUAUGCGGUGGUCUACUGGCUCGGCUCGCUCACAGGCAUGACCCUGGCUCUCCUCUUGUACAUGGGUCAUAUUCCAAGGAUUUUUGCCAAGAACCUUCUAUAUUGCCAGAAGACACGUGUCAGAGUGCCAAAAGGAGAUAAAGGGAAAAAGAAGAAAAUGUGAAAUAAAAUGUGGGGCUUUAGAAAAGUAAUAGAUAUCAAAUGGUCAAGAGAUGUUUACCUGAAACUAACAAGCAUGUGCAGACAGUGUCAAAUAUUUGGGACGAAUAAUAGGAAUAUCUAAAAUGAAUGUACUUUCCAGUGUUUUCAAAGAAAUUAAGACCAUUUGGUAUCAUCAUUAAGAAUGACAGUAACACAAGCUACAAAUGAUUACUGAAAAUAAUCUCACAGAGGAGUUGGCAUUCAGAUCACAUCCAACUACUUUCCCUGAUUCUGCAUGUUUGUAACAAGACAGCAGCACAUGUUUUAUACCAAAAAGAAGAAAAAAAAUAUCAGAAUCAAUAUUCCAAAUCAAAAGAGAGGAACUGGUGCUAUUUGCUGGCAGUGCUCUUGGCAGCACUGGAUUUCGAAGACUCUGACCUGUCAGGUUUUGUGUGUUUUGUCUGAUGUUGAGCAGAAUUGCCUGGAUCUGUGGACAAGAAGCAAUAAAAGAAAAAAUGUUCAGUG